CUGCUCGCACUUGUGUUGCAUUGCUAUCCUUCAGCAACCGCUAUUCACUGUCCCCUGUUCCCCGUUAAUAAACGCCGCCCACUGUCCAUCUUCUCCACCAGCCGAACAUACCACUGCCAGCGUUGCCUGAACCAUGGCAAGAAGGUGGCACGCAAGGGACACAAGCGCUUCUGCCAGUGGGGCAACUGCACCUGCGUCCAGUGCUCACUGGUCGAAAAGCGAAAGAUACUGAACCGGAAGAUCAACAGUGAACGCGAGGCACAUGGUUCUCUCUCGGUCGACCGCGAAGACAUCCAGAGUCAGAAAAGUAUACUCUCCUCUUUUUCAAUUUAA